CAGACGAAAAUGUCAGAACGAGGUCAAUUCCGCGGCGGCCAUCGCGGCGGCAACAACAGAGGAGGAAACCGCGGUGGUCGUGGUGGUGGUCGUGGCGGCAACAACAACAACAAUCCAUCUCACAACCAAAACGAAGAGACACCGCGCCCGAAGAAGGAGAACAUUCUGGAUUUGAACAAGUACAUGGAUAAGGAAAUUCAGGUCAAGUUCAGUGGUGGUAGAGAAGUCACCGGUACACUCAAAGGCUACGACCAACUCAUGAACCUCGUCCUCGACGACGUCAAGGAAAUCACAAGAGACGACGAAGGCAACACCUCCUCCCGACCUCUCGGUCUCCUAGUCGCACGCGGCACCCUCCUCGUCCUCAUCUCCCCCCUCGACGGCAGUGAAGAAAUCCCAAACCCUUUCGUCCAAGCCGAAGAGGGCGAAGACGCCGCUCCUGCUAUCUGAGCAAAACCUUUGGCAUCAAAAUCCAAACAUGACGCGCAAAACGAUUGAAACAGAAAAACGAGCUUUUGCAUGGGGGCAUAAGAAGUACAGACAGGGGCGGUAUUCUUCGCGCCCUGGCCGUAAGGAUAUCGUGCGAGCUUCUUCAAAGAAUACCUUGCACCAGUUUCAAUAAAUACAGGCGUGCGCUGGCGAGACGGUUGAUACGCGAGAAAGGGCAUCGGAAAGGUGUCGUCCAAACCAGGUUUGGCUUUUUUUUGCGGCCAAGAUUUUCUCGUCGAGACCACCACCCUGGCUUUCUUCUCAUCAAUAUCCUUCUACCACCACGCCAUCAACAUAGAAAUCAUCACAAUAACUAGCUCAAGUGGUGGUCUCGAGCUUCUAGAUAUCUCUGGCUCGAAAAUAAAUCACCAAAAAAAAAAGUUCAAAUGCCCUCAUAAUCUUCAAAAAAAAAAAAACUAUUUUUG